ACAGACGAAAAACGAAGCUGGUUUCCAGUAUUGGAGAUACAAGGCCAGGAUGAACACGAGGGACGCAAAAGUGUCUGAAGGAGGUCUCAAUGUCACGCUUACCAUACGCCUUCUCAUGCAUGGCAAGGAGGUUGGAAGCAUUAUCGGAAAGAAAGGAGAGACAGUUAAGAAGAUGAGGGAGGAGAGUGGUGCUCGAAUCAAUAUUUCAGAAGGCUCCUGUCCAGAGAGAAUUGUGACAAUAACAGGCCCGACAGAUGCGAUUUUUAAAGCUUUUUCUAUGAUUGCAUUAAAAUUUGAAGAGGACAUAAACGCUUCAAUGACAAACAGCACGGUGACAAGCAAACCUCCUGUAACACUGCGGCUCGUCGUCCCGGCAAGUCAGUGUGGAUCCCUUAUAGGAAAAGGAGGUUCCAAAAUCAAAGAAAUCAGGGAGUCCACAGGUGCCCAGGUGCAGGUAGCAGGGGACAUGCUGCCCAACUCGACGGAGCGCGCAGUGACUAUCUCGGGCACCCCCGACGCCAUCAUCCAGUGCGUGAAGCAAAUAUGCGUGGUUAUGCUGGAGUCCCCACCCAAAGGUGCCACCAUCCCCUACCGUCCCAAACCUGCCUCUGCACCUAUCAUUUUUGCAGGUGGCCAGGUAAGAGCAGACACCAUUUUGGCUUCAGCUGGAAACCACACCGUCUUGGCCCAACCUCAGCCAGCGCCUGCAUUCACAAUUCAGGGGCAGUACGCCAUCCCUCACCCAGACUUGACCAAGCUUCACCAGUUGGCUAUGCAGCAUCCCCCCUUUACUCCCCUUGGGCAGACCACCCCUGGUUUCCCUGGACUGGAUGCCACCACUCCAACCAGUUCCCAUGAACUUACUAUUCCCAAUGAUUUAAUAGGCUGCAUUAUUGGCAGACAAGGCAGUAAGAUAAAUGAAAUCAGGCAGAUGUCAGGAGCACAGAUCAAGAUUGCUAAUGCCACAGAAGGCUCCGCAGAACGACAAGUUACAAUCACAGGAUCCCCUGCAAACAUCAGCUUAGCACAGUACCUCAUUAAUGCAAGGCUGUCUUCAGAAGUUACUGGCCUGGGGGCUCUGUAAUGUAUCUCAUCAUGCCCUAGUGUAUUAGCCACCAGACAGGACUUUUCCAAAGCCCCAUGAGACAAUGCUUUCUAUGGACUAAUCUACAGAGGAGUUUCUGCCAUUUCUAACUUUCUUAUUAUUCUGAGACAUCAAAAGAAAAUAAUUCUUUUACUCUUUAAGCAACUGUGCUUCCUAACUCCUGUGUUGCUUCACUACUGUUCCAGUUUUAACACUGUUGUGGCUCAUAACAUAAAGCAAAGCAAAAUUAUUUUGGGGAGUUAAUUUUCAUUGAUGUUCAUGCUUUGGCUAAUCUGUAUAAAAGCAUGGGCUGUUAGUGUUCUAAACCACUGUGUUCAGCUAGAGACUUGAAAGUAAAUUAAAUGAGAAGUUUUUAUAAAUAAAUCUUUUUUUUUUCUGAUUUAAAGAAGAACAAACAGAUGUGGUAGCUUUGUGCAUACAACUGUUGUGUUGUUCAAACUUUGUUCUUUGUAACCAAGUUGCUAAUUUGUCAUUUGAGAAACACUAUUUUAUGGAUUGUCAAACUAAGAUCAUAGAUAAAUUGCUUGUUUUCAUUAAUGAUUAAAGGUUUCAUAUCAUCAC